AACUAAUGGAUGGUGUACUGAUGGUAUCGGAUCUAUCAUGGAUCCAACGUGGAGUUGCAAAAGAAAUUCCAGACAAAAUCAAGUUGGACGACGAAAAGCUAAAAGAGCUGAUCGAAGGAGCAAUUCCAGAAUCAACUGAUAAUGAAACAGAGCUUGACGAUGAUGAAGAAUCAGAUAAUGAGAAAUUAAAAGGACUACGUGGAAGAGGAGAUGUUGAAAUGAAAGAUGAAGAAUCAGAAUUUGAAAAGAAAUAUAUGAAAGGAUAUAAUGAGAAUAUCAAAGAUGAACCAGAAGGACAAGAUGGAAUGAAAGGAAUUGCAAUGUAUUCAACGAAUAAAGAUGAUCCAUAUGUUACAGAACAGGUUGAUUCUGAUGAAGAAGAGGAAAAAGAUGAGAUUAUGGUUCGAAAAGAUGAUAAUAUGGUCGCUGUUGCCAAAAUUGAUAAGGGUGACUUCACACUCGAGUGCUACGUAUACAAUGAAGCUGACAGUGAUUGGUACUGUCAUCAUGACUAUAUUCUCGAUGCUCCACCAUUGUGCAUUGAACCAGUUCAACAUGAUCCAGGAAACGAGGAAACAGGAAAAGGAAAUCUACUGGCCGUCGGAACAAUGAACUCGGAAAUUCAUAUUUGGGAUCUCGAUAUUAUGAACACUGCAACCCCGUUUUUGACUCUGGGAAAAAAGGAACGAAAAGUGAAAGGAGCUGCACGAAAGAAGCGUGAUAAUAGUGCUCAAGGACAUACUGAUGCAGUUAUUUCACUUGCUUGGAAUCGAAUUACAACUCAUGUUCUUGCUAGUGGAGGUGCUGAUAAAACAGUUGUCCUGUGGGAUCUUGAUGAAGCUAAACCGGCUCAAAUCAUUCCUGAUCAGGGUGGAGAGAUUCAGACAAUGAAAUGGCAUCCAAAUGAAUCCACAUUCUUAUUGCUCGGAACUAUGAAGGGACAAGUCAACGUUGUUGAUUGUCGUGAAUCUUCUGGAAAUGCUUCAGCCGCGUGGAAAUUCGAUGGACAAAUUGAAAAAGUGAUCUGGAAUCAUUUUAAUCCAUUCACCGCGUUCUGCUCGUCUGAUGAUGGAAGACUUCGUCAUUUGGAUAUGCGGAAACCUGGUGAAUGCCUUUGGGAAGGUGUUGCUCAUGAUGGUCCGAUUGGUGGACUUACUCUUUCUGCACUUACUAAAGGAUUGCUGGUUACUGUUGGCGAAGAUGAGAUGAUGAAUGUUUGGAAAGUUGAAGACACCAAUGGAGGAAUCGAAAAAGUUCAUUCGGAGAAGCUGACCAUCGGAGAGCUCCAUUGUGCUCAAUUCAAUCCAGACGUGGCAGCAGUUCUUUCUGUUGGUGGAACUGCCGCCGAUUUGAUCCGUAUCAUCGAUUUAACCAAAUACGAACCGGUCGUCAAAGCAUUCUCGGAAUGAAAUCUCUGAAUUUUUGCCUUCUCUGUUUUCCAGUUUUUUUUUCGCCUGUUUUUGUUACGUUUGUUCCUGUUACACUUUACCAAGCUUUGUUGUUGUAAUAAACUCUAAUUUUGAGU